AUGGCGAAUAGCGUCAUCGUUAAUUUGAAGAUUCACCAGCAAGCACCGCGCAAAGCACAACACGCAGCUGCAGCUCAAGAAGCAGAGUACGAGUCGACCAACCCCGCGUUAUCGUUCCCAUGCCUCGAUGCGUACGAAACACGAUCGGCCUCGCUCUCCAAACGCUCUCUUUCCGGCCCUGAGCCAUCGUAUACGUCUGGACACACGCUCAACUUCCGCUCGCAGCAGCCCAUUCUGCUCGACUGGGGCGGCAUUCUACCUGAGUUCAACAUAGCGUAUGAAACAUGGGGAACCCUGAACCAAGACAAAAGCAAUGCGAUCCUCUUACACACUGGACUGUCCGCGUCGAGUCAUGCCCACAGCACGGAAACAAACACGAAGCCUGGCUGGUGGGAAAAGUUUAUCGGGCCUGACAAGCCUCUUGACACCAACAAGUACUUCGUCAUUUGCACGAAUGUUAUCGGGGGAUGCUAUGGCUCGACUGGACCUUCUUCGAUUGACCCCGCGAAUGGCGAGCGAUAUGCGACACGAUUCCCGAUUCUGACCAUGGAGGACAUGGUGCGCGCGCAGUUCCGACUGCUGGACAACUUGGGCAUUCAGAAGCUAUACGCAAGUGUGGGAUCAAGCAUGGGCGGUAUGCAGAGUUUGGCAGCUGGAACUCUGUUUGCAGACCGCGUUGGUCGUCUGCAUCGCUAUGAGGCAUACGCAACGACAAGGUGGGAACCGAGACAAUUCCAUACUACCAUACAUGUCGCUAACACAGUUGCAGUGCUCAUGAUGGAUCCCAACUGGGCUCGUGGCUUUUACUACGAUGGCGUGCCUCCGCAUGGUGGCAUGAAGUUGGCUCGAGAGAUUGCUACAGUCACAUAUCGAAGUGGACCAGAAUGGGAAAUGCGAUUUGGUCGACGACGCGCGGACCCUUCACGGCCACCGGCUCUGUGCCCAGAUUUCCUCAUCGAGACAUAUCUUGAUCAUGCGGGCGAGAAGUGGUGUCUGGAGUACGACCCGAACAGCUUACUUUACGUCUCCAAAGCGAUGGAUCUCUUCGACCUGGGCCAGGAACACCGUGACCGCAUCAAUAAAGCAUAUCUGGACGGGAGCGCAAUCCAGUCCGAUACCAGCAAUGACGUUUGCAGCCUGACUCUUCCCGAUAAACCCUACGAAGAAAAAGAGCAGCCUGCAGAUUUCGACGCCAGUGCCGUUGAGGCUGACGGCAGUGAGCCGCCAGCCGAUCUAGUCGCGGGUCUCAUACCUCUCGCGAAUACCCCCGCCUUAGUCUUAGGCGUUGCAAGCGACAUUUUGUUCCCGGCAUGGCAGCAGCGUGAGAUUGCGACCACGCUGAAGCGCACGGGGAACAAAAACGUCACACACAUUGAGCUGGGAGAGGAGAAGAGCUUGUUCGGCCACGACACCUUUCUGCUCGAUCUCGAGAACGUGGGUGGAGCGGUCAAAUCCUUCCUCGGGUGA